GCUUUGUUACGUUUCAAAAUAGUCGGAAAGCACACGCUACACGAUGGAACAACAAGACAACGACCAACCAGUGACGACUCAGCCGCAGCACUUUCCAGCGCCGUCGUCCUUCCGACCGUCGGAUGCCAUGUGCCCAGUCUGUCAGCAGCAGUGCAUGACUAAAGUUGAAUUCCACAAUGGUGCAUUGACCUGGAGCCUCUGCGUAGUCAUUUCCAUGUUAUGCGGAUUUUUGGGCUGUUGCCUCAUACCGUUCUGCUGUGACAGUUGCAAGGAUGCAACGCACACUUGUCCACGAUGCGGAGCAAUUAUCAAGAAGGUGAAACGUUGCUAAAUGACGGAGUUGAAUAUGAGAUUUUUUACCACGGGAAGAAUGCGCUUACUAAUUAUUUUGUAAUACACACAAACACGUAACACUUUUACUACGGAGUGUUUUGGAUGAAUGGAUGAAAGUGAUUUAUAUAUGUCCAAGAGAAUUUUGCAAACUUUUGUGUGAGUAGCUUCCU